UGUUAUUGAAUUUUUUUUAAUUUCCCAACUUUUAAAUUUUAUGAGUUAAUUGUAUAGUGUGAUCACAAAAUACAGACUCAAUAAAAUCUAAUUGUUUCAAAUUUGCUUCUACUUGCUUUUUAGUCUAACAUGUGAUCAAAUUUUGUAAAUGUUUCAUGGAACUUUUACAUAAGGUGCAAUAUUUAACCAAGGUUUCAAUGAUUAAGAUAUACUUUCAUAUCUCUCCUUAGACAAUAAAACCAAAGCCUCACGUAUGAGACAAAGACAUGUCCAGAAGAAACUACACUGAAGUGACAGAAUUUAUUCUUUUGGGUCUAACAAGCCACCUGGAGCUGCAAGUUGCCUUCUUUGCACUGUUUCUUGUGGUCUACAUAGUCACUGUGAUAGGAAACCUGGGCAUGAUUGUUUUAAUCAGAGUAGAUUCCCGACUUCACACUCCCAUGUACUUUUUUCUCUCAAGUUUGUCUGUGUUAGAUCUCUGUUUCUCCACGAAUGUCGCUCCCAAAAUGCUAGAGAAUUUCUUAUCACAGAAGAAGACCAUCUCAUACGCAGGUUGUUUGAUGCAAUGCUAUGUUGUCAUUGCUGUGGUCCUUACAGAGCACUGCAUGUUGGCUGUCAUGGCAUAUGACCGUUACAUGGCUAUCUGUAACCCACUGCUCUACAGUAGCAAGAUGACCAAGAGUGUCUGUGUCCGCCUGGUCAUUGCCCCUUAUGUCUAUGGCUUCCUCCUAAGUGUGAUGGAAACCUUGAGGACCUACUACCUGUCCUUCUGUGGUGCUAAUGAAAUUAACCAUUUCUACUGUGCUGACCCCCCUCUUAUCAAGCUGGCAUGCUCUGACACCUAUAGCAAAGAGUUGUCCAUGUACAUAGUAGCUGGCUACAGCAGUGUUCAGGCCCUCCUGAUCAUCCUCACAUCCUACAUGUUCAUUCUUGUUACGAUCCUCAGAAGCCAUUCUGCUGAGGGCAGAAAAAAGGCUUUUUCCACAUGUGGCUCCCACCUCACCGUGGUCACCAUCUUCUAUGGGACCCUCUUCUGUAUGCAUUUGAGACGCCCCACAGAGGAGUCUGUAGAGCAGGGUAAAAUGUUGGCUGUGUUUUAUACCACGGUGAUCCCCAUGCUGAACCCCAUGAUCUAUGGCCUCAGAAACAAAGAUGUGAAAAAGGCCUUGAGAAAAGCAAUACAGAAACAAAAACUGGGGAAGUAAAAGUGUUACGCUACCAUUAAAAAAAUCCUUGAAGUACUAUAAGAUAUUGCUGGGUUAGAUUUCACACUUUACGCUAGUCCUGAACACUAAAUUUCGAAUUUUCUUGUUAGACAACUGGCUGGGUUGAAAUUCCUAGAGGUAAUGAUUGAAACGAGAAGACUAGGACAUACCAGGUAAACAGUUCAUUCUCAUUCUUAGUUUAUCACUUAGUGUCAUUUCUUGCAAAAAAGAAAAAAAUAUACUGGUCUAAAAAAAGAAUUUUUGCUUUAUUUUGUUAUCAGAUAAAAAAAUAUUUCUGGAGACAGGUAGCCUCUGAGUCUUAUGCUAGCAUUAUUGUCUUAGGUCUUUAGACUCCUUACAGCCUAUUUUAUUUGGAACAUUGUUUACAUUCCCAAAGUCACUUCAUGAUCCAAAAUGGCGGCUAGAA